GCCGAAAUGAAGCGCAUGGAUCAGGAAUUUCAAGAUGUAAAACAGGAAUAUCUUAAUGAUUUGGAUCGGAUUCGUGCCAAGAGGAAUGAAUUGGCUUCUUAUUUCAAUAAUAUUGAAAUAUUGGAUUGUAUAUUAAUUAACGGUUUGUUUAGGAUGCUUGCAAAUGAUAGAAUGGAAUUUAUUCAUAUUUUAAAAGAAGAGAUCCGAAAGUUAAACAUUAAAAUUGCAGCUUUUGAAGGCAACAAAAAUUCCAUUGAGCAUAUCCGUAAUGUUCAGCUUACGCCUAAUGAAUUGAGUUUUAGAGAAUCCCAAGGCACCGAUAUAGCGAAAGAUGAUAAAUUAUUAAGAUCUAACCAAAAUUCACCAACAAUGGACUCACAGCAGCCUAUGGACGUUAAAGAGCUUAUUAAGAAAAUUAAAGAGCUCGAGCUCAUGAAUGACAUUUUAAAAAAAUCUUGGGAGAUUGAGUCAUUAUUCAACCAGUUGGAACAAAGGGAUGAUGCGAAUCACAAAAAAGCUUUCGAAAUUUGUACACAAGAUCAGAGAGUUUACACACUUAAACAAUCGGAAAAUCACAGUAAUGAAGCAAGUACUACUGCCCAAACUUUAACUAUAUAUAAACAAAAAUUACAAGAGUUUGAACUUGAAAUUAAACGUUAUAAAAUCAAAUUAAGGAGGCGAGAUGAAGAACAGAGGGCAGUGGAAAAAGAACUAAGACAUGUAAAAGAACAAUUAGAAGUAAAGAAAGAACAAAUGGAAGAAUUAAGGAGAAACGUGGCAGCAGUUCCAUCAGAAACGCAAAGGCUUCUUGAGGCUUAUGAG